CUCAAACCUGGUCACUCCGUGGAGGUGGAGGGCUUCAUUCCGUUGGACUGUAAAGAGUUUGUCAUAAACUUGGGAACAUAUGAGAAGAAUUUAGCUCUUCACUUUAACCCUCGAUUUGACAGCUAUGAAGACAAGAAGGUGAUACUCUUGAACUCUAUGAAGGAUGAUGUCUGGGGACAAGAUCUGAGGGAAACCUUCUUCCCUUUCCAGGAGGGGUCAGACACCAUGCCGCUUGAGGUGUUGAAUAUAAGGCUUCGGCGUGUGGUGCCCUUAGUUAAAAUGGCGGCGGGUGGUUCUGCCAGGUGUCUGGCAGUAUAA